CCAAUAUUGAAUUUUCUUCCAAAACAUCAGAAUAGCUUAAACACUGGGUAAAAACAAUUUUAGACACACAGAUCUAAACCUUCAAUUUUCUCAUUUUAAUCUUCUUCCAUUUCUCAGAUCUCUUUCACUUUCUUCACUCCCAAUUCCGAUUUCCGCUUCUCUCUCUUCCUCCGCGGCAUCCAAUUCUCCUCGCCGUCGGAAAAGUCAGAGUGAUCUCGUUUCAAUUUCUCAUGAUCCCGAUUCACCUCCAUUUCUUUGAAUUCCGUUUCCGAAUUCGACACCGUCGUUGAUCUGAGUGUAAUUGGUUUCAAUUAAGUGAUACGAAAAUGGCUGGAGGUGCUGCCGGAGGUUUUGUUACUCGAGCAUUCGAUUCUAUGCUCAAGGAAUGUUCCGGCAAGAAGUUUCCCGAACUUCAGAAAGCUAUCAAUAAUUAUACAGACAUCACCAAAGAGGCUAGCCAGAGAAAGCAGAGUGCAGCCAGUCAAGCUGCACCCUCACCUGAAACUGCAAGUGUGAGUGAAACUGGAGAUGGAGUAGCGACUAGUUCAGAAACUGAUCAGUCACAGAAGGCUGAGCAGGUUUCCAAUGCCGCUGAUCAGGGUAGCAGGCCUUAUAGUGGAAAUAUUAUUGAACUACUAUCUAAAGCGGGGAAUACACUUGAAGGAAGUGAUGCAGAGCUUGUUUUAAAUCCACUUCGUCUUGCCGUUGAAACAAAAAACUUGAAAAUCCUAGAGCCUGCAUUAGAUUGUAUCCAUAAACUUAUUGCAUAUGACCAUUUAGAGGGAGAUCCUGGAUUAGAAGGCGGUAAAAAUGUUCCAUUGUUUACCGACAUUCUAAACAUGGUUUGUAGUUGUAUUGACAAUUCAUCACCUGACAGUACUAUUCUCCAAGUGCUGAAGGUGCUUCUUACGGCUGUGGCUUCUUCAAAAUUCAGAGUACAUGGCGAGCCUUUGCUGGCAGUCAUCAGAGUUUGCUAUAAUAUUGCUCUAAAUAGCAAGUCCCCGAUAAACCAAGCAACAUCAAAGGCAAUGCUAACCCAGAUGAUCAGCAUCGUUUUCAGGAGAAUGGAAACUGAUCUGGUUGAAACUUCAUCUGUUUCUGGUGGACAUACAAUUACAAAGGCAGCCUCAGUGGAGAAUUUAACAAAACCUGAUGAAACUUCUGUGGGAGACUCAAAUGAAAAAGAUAUGACUUUAGGUGAUGCACUCAGUCAAGCCAAAGAUGCAUCUCUAACAUCUCUCGAGGAACUUCAAAAUCUUGCUGGGGGAGCUGAUAUCAAGGGCCUAGAAGCUGUAUUGGAUAAGGCUGUGCAUACUGAAGAUGGUAAAAAAAUAACACGUGGGAUUGAUUUGGAGAGCAUGAGUAUAGCACAACACGAUGCUUUGUUGGUAUUCCGCACUCUUUGCAAGAUGGGUAUGAAGGAAGAUAGUGAUGAAGUUACAACCAAGACUAGGAUACUGUCUCUUGAGCUUCUGCAGGGUUUGUUGGAAGGAGUUAGCCACUCAUUUACGAAGAACUUCAAUUUUAUUGACUCAGUGAAGGCAUAUCUUUCAUAUGCGUUGUUACGAGCUUCAGUUUCACAAUCCCCUGUCAUAUUUCAGUAUGCAACAGGGAUAUUCUUGGUGCUGUUACUGCGAUUCAGGGAGAGUCUAAAAGGUGAAAUCGGCAUCUUCUUUCCACUGAUAGUUCUUAGACCUCUGGAUGGUUUAGAAUUUUCUGUCAACCAAAAACUCAGUGUUCUUCGGAUGUUAGAGAAAGUAUGCAAGGAUCCACAAAUGCUUGUUGACAUCUUUGUGAAUUACGACUGUGAUCUUGAGGCGCCAAACUUGUUUGAACGAAUGGUUACAACUCUGUCCAAAAUAGCUCAAGGGAUUCAAAAUACUGAUCCAAAUUCGCUUGCUGCUUCUCAAACAGCUUCAGUUAAAGGUUCAUCACUUCAAGGUCUUGUGAGUGUUCUUAAAUCACUGGUUGAUUGGGAACAAUCACAUAGGGAAUUGGAAAAGUUCAAGAAUAAUAAGCAAGAAGGGGCUUCGGGUGAAGAUUCUUUUGAAAUAAGAUCCAGGGAGGAUACAACUAGUGAGUUUGAGAAGGCCAAGGCUCAUAAGUCGACAUUGGAGGCUGCCAUUGCUGAGUUCAACAGGAAACCGAACAAAGCAGUGGAAUAUCUAAUUUCAAAUAAGUUGGUGGAAAACACACCUGCCUCUGUUGCUCAAUUUUUGAAAAACACCCCCACUUUGGAUAAGGCUACAAUUGGUGACUAUUUAGGUCAACAUGAAGAGUUUCCCCUAGCUGUGAUGCACGCUUAUGUAGAUUCCAUGAAGUUUUCUGGAAUGAAAUUUGAUACCGCUAUCAGGGAGUUUCUUAAAGGAUUUCGACUUCCUGGGGAAGCUCAAAAGAUAGAUCGAAUCAUGGAAAAGUUUGCAGAAAGAUACUGUGCAGACAACCCCGGUCUCUUUAAAAAUGCAGAUACAGCAUAUGUUCUUGCAUAUGCUGUUAUUAUGUUGAAUACUGAUGCUCAUAACCCAAUGGUGUGGCCUAAGAUGUCCAGAUCAGAUUUUGUUCGAAUGAAUGCUAAGGAUGAUCCUGAUGAAUGCGCGCCUAAAGAACUUCUAGAAGAGAUCUACGAUUCCAUUGUCAAAGAAGAGAUUAAAAUGAAAGAUGACCCAUCUAUUAUCGGAAAAAGCAGCAGACAAAAGUCAGAAGGUGAAGAAGGACGUCUUGUCAGUAUUCUUAACCUGGCACUCCCCAAAAGAAAGUCAUCAGAAGAUGCUAAGUCUGAAAGUGAGGCUAUCAUUAAAAAAACACAAGCUAUUUUCAGGAAUAAAGGAGUGAAAAGAGGAGUUUUCUACACUGCUCAGCAGAUUGAACUUGUAAGGCCCAUGGUAGAUGCUGUUGGGUGGCCGUUGCUGGCUACUUUCUCUGUAACUAUGGAGGAAGGUGAUAAUAAGCCUCGUGUUAUUCUGUUGAUGGAGGGCUUUAAAGCUGGCAUACAUAUUACAUAUGUGCUCGGAAUGGAUACCAUGCGUUAUGCAUUUUUAACAUCUCUGGUCAGGUUUACUUUCUUGCAUGCCCCCAAGGAAAUGCGUAGUAAAAAUGUGGAAGCUUUACGGACACUAUUAGUUCUUUGUGACUCAGACAUGAAUGCCCUUCAAGACACAUGGAAUGCAGUUCUGGAAUGUGUUUCUCGCCUUGAAUUUAUAACAACAAAUCCUGCAAUUUCUGCCACUGUCAUGCAUGGGUCAAAUCAAAUCUCCAAGGAUGCUGUUGUGCAGUCUCUCAAAGAAUUAGCUGGGAAACCGGCUGAACAAGUGUUCAUGAAUAGUGUUAAACUACCCAGUGAUUCAAUUGUAGAAUUCUUCACUGCACUCUGUGGCGUAUCUGCCGAGGAACUAAAGCAAACUCCAGCUCGUGUUUUCAGCUUGCAAAAGCUUGUUGAAAUUAGUUAUUACAACAUGGCUCGUAUACGUAUGGUAUGGGCUAGAAUCUGGUCUGUUCUGGCAAAUCAUUUUAUAUCAGCUGGGAGUCAUCAUGAUGAGAAAAUUGCCAUGUAUGCAAUAGAUUCUUUAAGACAACUUGGUAUGAAGUAUCUGGAGCGUGCUGAACUGGCCAAUUUCACUUUUCAAAAUGAUAUUCUCAAACCAUUUGUUGUUCUUAUGCGGAAUAGUCAAAGUGAAUCCAAAAGGAGGUUAAUUGUUGAUUGCAUUGUUCAGAUGAUAAAAUCUAAGGUUGGAAGCAUAAAGUCUGGAUGGCGUAGUGUUUUUAUGAUCUUUACAGCUGCUGCAGAUGAUGAAUUGGAAUCAAUUGUUGAGAGUGCAUUUGAGAAUGUUGAACAGGUCAUUUUAGAACACUUUGAUCAAGUAGUGGGAGACUGCUUCAUGGAUUGUGUGAAUUGCCUCAUCAGGUUUGCUAACAAUAAAACUUCCCAUCGGAUAAGUUUGAAGGCUAUUGCACUCCUGCGGAUCUGCGAGGACCGUCUUGCAGAGGGUCUUAUUCCUGGAGGUGCUUUAAUGCCCGUUGAUGCUAAUUCGGAUGCAACUUUGGAUGUGACUGAGCAUUAUUGGUUCCCGAUGCUGGCUGGUUUAUCUGAUCUAACAUCGGAUCAAAGACCAGAGGUCAGAAGUUGCGCACUUGAAGUCUUGUUUGAUUUGUUGGAUGAAAGAGGUAGCAAGUUCUCUUCAUCAUUUUGGGAGAGUAUUUUCCAUCGAGUUCUAUUUCCCAUUUUCGAUCAUGUGAGACAUGCUGGAAAAGAAGGUUUUGUUUCAAGUGAUGAUGAUUGGUUUCGUGAAACAAGCAUACAUUCCCUUCAGCUGCUGUGCAACCUUUUCAACACAUUCUAUAAGGAGGUUUGUUUUAUGCUGCCACCAUUGCUGAGUUUGCUGUUAGAUUGUGCCAAAAAGACAGAUCAAACGGUGGUCUCAAUUUCACUUGGUGCGCUGGUGCAUCUCAUAGAAGUUGGUGGUCAUCAAUUCAGUGAUAGCGACUGGGAUAUGCUACUUAAAAGCAUAAGAGAUGCAUCAUACACAACACAACCUCUAGAGCUGCUUAAUGCUUUGAGCUUUGAAAAUGUGAGAAAUCACGGAGGCAUUAUUAGAGAUUCCGAGGCCAAUGGAGGUGACAGUGUAACCAUAAAGUCUAUUGACAAUGAGGCAGUGGGUGACCACCAACUUGAUGCCAAUAAUAACGGGAAAUUAUCCCCUCUUGCAUCCUCGAAUGCAAAUGCCGAUGGAGUUGAAGGUUCAGUUUCACAGACAAAUGUAGAUCAGUCUGAAGGUCUUCCAUCUCCAUCAGGAAGAACUCCCAAAGCUGCAGAUGAGGGAGGCCUUCAACGGAGUCAAACCUUAGGUCAACGGAUUAUGGGAAAUAUGAUGGAGAAUAUCUUCCUUCGAAAUCUUACUUCAAAAUCGAAAAAUCCUAUUUCAGAUGCUUCUCCACCAUCUUCUCCAGUUAGGGUUGCUGAUACUGUAGAGCCUGAUACCAAAGAUGAGGAGGAGAGUCCGUUGCUUGUAACUGUCAGGGGAAAAUGCAUUACACAAUUAUUGCUUCUUGGUGCAAUUGAUGGUAUUCAGAAGAAAUAUUGGACAAAGUUAAAAGCACCUCAGAAGAUUGCUAUAAUGGACAUUUUGCUGUCUUUGUUGGAGUUUGCUGCUUCAUAUAACUCAUCUACAAAUCUAAGAACUCGCAUGCACCAAAUUCCUGAUGAAAGGCCACCAAUAAAUCUUCUUCGGCAAGAAUUAGCCGGUACUGGCGUAUAUUUGGACGUCUUACAAAAAGCAACUUAUGGGUUUGAAGCAAACAAAGAAAAUGAGUUUGAAGAAAACAAAGAAAAAUCUCUAGAUUCUGAUAAACUUCAAGAUGCUGAUUCUACUACACCAGACAGUAGCUCAAGUAUUACUCAGCAGUUGGAUGCUGAAGAAAAAUUAGAAAGGGUAGCUGAGGAGAAACUGGUGUCUUUCUGUGAACAGGUGCUCAGAGAGGCAUCUGAACUCCAGUCUAGUACUGGAGAAACAACUAAUAUGGAUAUUCAUCGUGUCUUGGAGUUGCGUGCUCCUAUCAUUAUUAAGGUGCUUCAAAGUAUGUGCUUAAUGAACAAUAAGAUCUUCAGAAGACAUCUAAGAGAAUUAUAUCCUUUGCUAACAAGACUAGUUUGCUGUGAACAGAUGGAUGUUCGGGGAGCUCUUGGUGAUUUAUUCCAAGCACAGUUGAAAGCUCUUUUACCAUAACUAUCUGGUAAUUCUGCUUUUAGGAUACUCAAACAAAUUCUUCAGCACAUUGCAGAUGUCAAUUUUAGGUGGCUUGGAAAGAAGAAAGAUUAUAGUCUCUUGUAUUAAUCAUUUAAUGAAUAUUUUGUGCUGGCACUAACAGUUUUGUAGAAAGUCAAUAGAAAUAUGAUUUUGGUUUCAUCCUCGCCGUGACGUGCAAUUACUCGCUUGCCCUUAACUCCAUUUGCUUGUGCAUUAUUUGGAAUAGCUGAAGGUUUGAGUGAGGUUUUCAAUCAGGCAUUUGUUGUAUGAUAAUAGCCGUGUACCAUGUGAAACCCUUGUGUGUUUCAUUAGGAGAAAUUUCAAAUAUUUGUCAAUUAUCACAUAUUCAUAGUGUAUACAACACAGGGUAGCUUUGCCUCUA